AUGGCUCGGCUAAUCCAGCAGGCUCUUUCAGUUCCCAUGAAUCUAGUAGUAAAACUAUGGCCUUUCAGAGGAUGGGCAAUGGAUCUCAUUGGUAAGAUUUAUCCAGCCAGUAGCAAACAACACUGUUUUAUUAUUGUAGCUACAGAUUAUUUUACCAAAUGGGUGGAAGCCAAGCCUGUUAAGUCCACAGCAUCUCAAGAAAUCAUCACUUUCAUAGAAGAGCAGAUUAUACAAAGGUUUGGCAUUCCAGAAUCAAUCACAACUGAUAGGGGAUCUUCUUUCAUAUCUGGAGAAAUGUUGGAAAUGGCAGGAGCAUUUAAAUUCAAACUGCUUCAAUCCACCCCUUAUUAUGCCCAAGCUAAUGGGCAGGCAGAAUCAAGUAACAAGCAUGAGAAGUUGUCAGAAACUCUGUGGGCAUAUAGAACUUCAAGAAGAGAAGCAACUGGCAUGACCACCUAUGGCCACGAUGCAAUUCUGCCUAUGGAGAUAGCAGUCCAAUCCCUCAGAAUUGCUCAUCAACACAGUUUGGUUGGAGAAGACUACUCUCAAGCUAUGAUGCUAGAACUGGAAGGAUUGGAUACAAGCAGGAUCGAUACCCUCAACAAACUCUUAGCAGGAAAGGAAGCUGUAUCAAGGGCUUACAACAAAAGAGUCAAGAACAAGAGUUUUGAAGAGGGGGAAAUAGUCUAG